CCCAGGUGCCUCCAUGGCGGGCUCGGAGGAGCUGGACCUCCGAGAGGACACGCCUAGGGUCCUGGCUGCCUUCCUGCGGCGGGGAGAGGCUGGCGGGCCCCCUCUCGCCACCCCGGCUCGGAGCCCUGGCCAGGAGGAGCCCACCGAUUUCCUCAGCCGCCUUCGAAGAUGUCUUCCCUGUCCCCUGGGCCGAGGAGCAGUUCCCCCCGAGUCCCCUCGGCCUUGCUCCCUGCCCCUCCGCCCCUGCUAUGAUUCAGAACCUGGCCCAGCGACGCCAGAUUUCUAUGCUCUGGUGGCCCAGAGACUGGAACAGCUGGUUGAAGAGCAGCUGAGAUCCCCGCCCAGCCCGCAGCUCCAGGGCCCCCCACUCACAGAGAAGGAAGCCCUGAUCCGGAGGCUGGUGGCCUUGCUGGAGGAGGAGGCUGAUGUCAUCAACCAGCAGCUGGCCUCGGACCCCGCCCUGCGCCGCCGCCUGGCGCGCCUCUCGGCCGCGUCCUUCGCCCGCCUGGUGGAGCUGUUCUCCAGCCGGGAGGGCAGCCCGGGCCCCGGCAGCACGCGGUCCACCUUGCCGUGCCCGGGGCCCCCGCCGCCCUCCCCGGAGCCCCUGGCCCGCCUGGCCCUGGCCAUGGAGCUGAGCCGGCGAGUAGCCCACCUGGGAGGCACCCUCUCGGGACUCAGCGUGGAGCACGUGCACAGCUUCGCACCCUGGAUCCAGGCCCACGGGGGCUGGGAGGGAAUCCUGGCCGCCUCCCCCGUGGACUUGAACUUCCCCCUGGACUGACGCCUGGCCCAGAGGCUGCUGCCAGGCUGCACCUCCCGUGCCCGCGAUCUCUCCGGACUCUUCGGGUCGGGGCUCCCCUCAGGGUUCCUCUCAGGGCUGUGGAGGGGUGGCUUCCCUUCCUGCGUUUGCCAAAAAGAAAUCCUUUCAAAUGGUUUUCACAUUAAAGUUGUUUU